AUGGGGUUUUGCAAAGACUUGGAGGAUAUGACUGAGCGACUGAACAAGAAAAUCAGACAGAGGCGGCCUGCAGGUCCCCGUCAGUGUGCGAUCCUGGCUUGUGGGCCGGGGAGCAGCUGCAGACAGGCGGGAGCAGAGGCCAAGGAGGAGGUCGCAGAAGAGGGAAACGCAGACCCAGGAGGUCACAGAAGGCACGCCGGGGUCCACGAGGGUCAGAGGGCAGAGGACGCAGGGAGGGACGGAGGAGGAGGCCAGCUGCGCGGCCAGAGCCCGGGGGAGGCAGCGCCGCGCGUGCAGAGGUGUGGAGCCUGCGUGCCGUGCGUGCGGAGGUGUGGAGCCUGCGCGCCGUGCGUGAGGAGGUGUGGAGCCUGA